AUGUCAAAGUAUAUCAAGAUGAAAAACAUUGCUAAACAUAAAUCAACUAUAUCAAGAUUAGAAUCACAACUUAAAACUAAUGAAAGCAAGUACAUGCAGAAGAUAAAAAGCAAUAGAAGAAAAGAUAGUUUAAGUUUAACGAAAUCUCUAGGCAAAAGCCCCAGUCUUCUUUACUUGAGAUCCAGCUUCAUUAACAGCUCUGAACAACGGUAGGUGGACCUGCCUAACCUUCGAACCGUUAAAGUUAAUGAGCCAGUUAAGGCUUCUCUAGUAAGUGCUAGCCACAGCACCGACCUCUUCUCUUCAGGCCGAUACUCUCAAGAAGCAUGACUUCUCUCACUAAGCUCGGAGGUAGGACCCGGACCUGCGGAGCAGGGGUUAGGACCUAUUCCUAAACUGGCAUUUUUAACAUUGUGAAAAAAAGAUAGAAAAAGAAGAAAACCGAACAUAUCUGGCCGAAAGCACCAUUGAAAACUUAAAAGAAGUUAUAGCAAGUUCAGAAAACUCAGAAAAAGUUAUCAGAGAUCGGCUGAAUUUUAUAGAAGCUGAGAUAAAACAUAUUGAACAAGCAUAUAG